GACGGCCAGGCAGAGGCGACGUCGAAGGCGGGGCGGUUACUCGGUCGCCAGAAAUACCUGGAACUACCCGCAAAGCCCAAAACGGUACCAGGAAGGCGGCCGAGGAGUUCCCCGCGAGACCCCACCCCCGCCGCGUUCUUCGAAACUACUUCCCGCGCGCUCAGGCCGCAGACGCUGCCCAGUUUUCGCGCCUCGCGACGUCACAUGAAAGGCCAAUGAGGACGGAAGCGGCACCUCUCGCGUGCUUGGAUUGGAGGAGAGUGCGUUCGAAGAGAGGUUGAAGUUCAGUACUUUAAGUCCUCACGGCACUUCCGGUAUGGAGUCGAAGCCUUGCUGGUCAACCUUUUCCAGCCUGUGACUUCAAGAAGGCGGAAGGGAUUACUACUUUGUGUUGAGACGGCGUCGCCCCGCGAUGACGUUCGAGACCAUCUUUGCUUCUUGUUUCUCGGGCUGAAAGCAAGAUCUUGUUCAUAGAAAGCACUCGAGAAAUCCCGGCGUUUGCGCUGUCAGAUCAUAGCGACGACAAAGUCCUCACUUAGGCCCCUCCUACCAUCACCGCUAGGAUACAAAUCUUGUGCUUAGAAAUAUUUUAAUAUUACGUUUAAACUGUCGAUAAUUCACAGUCCACUCUGAUGAUGCAACAAGAUAAGAGCCAAAAUGCCACAACCAAGAAUGCGCAUGAGGCCAUGGCUGGAGAUGCAGAUUAAUUCAAAUAAGAUUCCAGGACUUGUGUGGAUCAACAAGGAAGAACAGUUAUUCCAGAUUCCAUGGAAACAUGCAGCUAAGCAUGGCUGGGAGCUUGAAAAAGACGCAUGCCUUUUCAGAAACUGGGCCAUUCAUACUGGAAGGUAUAAAAAGGGUGAAAUACAGCCUGAUCCUAAAACAUGGAAGGCAAAUUUUCGCUGUGCUAUGAAUUCAUUACCUGACAUUGAAGAGGUGAAAGACAAAAGCAUCAGCAAAGGUUCUAGUGCAGUCCGGGUCUACAGGAUGUUGCCACUUUCAGCAAAAUCACAGAAGAAAGAAAAGAAGCCAAAGUCCUCAAAAAUCAAGAAUGGAAGAAAGUCUGUGGAAGAUAUCAAGAUAGAGGAGACAGUUGAAGCAACAAACAACAUUCUGCUACCAGAUGACCACAGAGGUUAUUCUCGUCCCAGUUAUCUAACAGAGGAAAGGGAGGCAGAGAGCACCUCCAUCAUACCAGAUUCUCAUGAACUCUCCAAAUGUGACUUAAGCAAUACUCUGACUGAUUGGAGAUCUCCAAUGGAUAUGCUCCUGCCUGACAGCACGAACGACAUGUACCCAUUUCAAGUAUCGCCUAACGCAUCCUGCUCUGAUGCAGCAGAUGAAGAUGAUACACCAUCAUCCAUCUAUUUCUCGCAAUUUAACGUCACCGACUGGCAGCAAACCUUCGUGGGUGGGAAAGGCUAUUUCAGCAAUGAGAGCGGCACACAAAAUAGCUACUUGGACAUUAUCUUAGAGCAGGAUGCAGCCAUUGAUACAACAAGCGCAGAAUCUAUUCAAACUGAUGUGAGAACCAAUCUGGACUCAUUUUGGGAGGCACUGCCGUUAACUGUUUUGCACCCCAUAUCUUGCUAAUGUAAAUUCCCUUUUAUUUUAUUUUGUUUUGUUCACUGUGAAGCCUGCAUUCAGAAUUUCUCUGGAUGUCUGCAACUGAGAAGCUCCUAGUCAACAAAAUAUUGAGUUUCAAAACAAAACCUAUUUGGUAGAAUUUUGUGCUCUUCAGCUGCUUGACUACAUCAUGAGUGAAUUCAGUCAUCUUUGCUCCUUUCUCUCCACUCAAAUAAUUCACAUGAUCAUUGCCGUGAACAAAGAGAAAGGGAAUUUUGAGCCUGCAACAUACGGACAUACGUUUUCAUCAUAACCAUAAUGUACAGUUGACAUUAUUAUGUGUGUGCAAAAGCAGUUCAGCCCUAUGUUUUUGCAUUCAACCAUAUAUUUCCAUAAGGAUCUUUCCUGCUUUUGAUUUCCAUAGCACAUCUUAGCAACAGUUCAAUUCCCCAUUUUUGUACAUAGUUUAAGAUGUGAAAAUCAGAUAUCAAUUUUGCAUUCUAGUCAGUUACUCUUAGGACAGGUUUCUGGUUUCAUUGUAAAUGACAUUCCCCACACAAUUGUCAUAUCAAUAUUUCAGGUUGAUAAUGGGUUUGGAAUUCCCUCUGCUGAAUGAUGCAACUGCCAAUUUAUAUCACAUGACUAACAACAGCCAUCUUCCCGGAUUGUUCUACAAGUUCAUAACAUUUCUUGCAGUACAUGUUCAUUUAUACCUUGUCUCACCAAAAGAUAGAAGCUCAGUUGUGACCCAGUACCUCUCUUCUUCCUGUG